GAUAACCGCGAUAUUGAUAGCACGUGUUGUGGCUGUCCGCAUUUUAUACCAUUUAUUAAAUAUUAGUAACAGUUUUGUUUAAAUUACAAUGGCUAUGCUGGCAGAACCACGUCGUCGUAAACGAUACAACUUGUGCCCGCGAGGCAAAGCGCUCUACGAAGAUGAUGCUCGUUUUGGUACCAAAAUGCUUGAGAAAAUGGGUUGGUCCAAGGGUAAAGGUCUUGGCGCCAACGAAGACGGCCAACAGGAGUUUGUUCGAGUUCGCUUGAAGAACGACGCUGAAGGAUUGGGUUUCGAGGCACGAGAUGAUCAGUGGACCGUUCAUGAGGAGGGAUUCAAUGGACUCCUUAAAUCCCUCAAUGGUGGCGCUGAUGAAACCAAUGGUGCAAACGGAGCUGCCUCCGCAUCUGAAGAUGAAGUCAGGCCCAUGUUUGGAUUUAAAGCCGCAGAACCGGAGGAGCCACCCAAAAAGAAGCUCAAAGAGAAGAUCAGUGGCAUAUCGCUGGAGGAGGCGUCAAAGGCGAGCAAAGCGCGUGUGCACUACAAGAAAUUCACAAGGGGGAAGGAUCUAUCGCAGUACAGCGAAAAGGACCUGGCCAAUAUAUUCGGCAAAAAGGCAACCGAAGAUAUUCCCGCACCAGUGCAGAUCGAACAGCCACAAGUGGAGGAAAAGGAGAUAAAUCCCAAUUUUAGUGGAGUGACAACUGUAGCCACUGGACUUUCUGUCCACGAUUACUUUAAGCAGAAAAUGGAAGCCAUGAAAAAUAGACUCAAGAAUGGAAGUGCAAGUACCCCAACGCAAAGCGAAGAGGUCCAGACGGAGAACGACCAAAACGAGCCCGCUAAAAAGAAGAAGAAAAAGGACAAAGAGCGGACGGUCGAAGUGCCUGCUGAGGCGGAAGAAAUUGUGGAGACUAAGCAAAAGAAAAAGAAGAAGUCAAAACGUUCCUCCGAUCAGGAAGACGAGUCUUCAGAGAAAACUGAGGAAGAGAAACCAGUUGAUGAAUUGUCUUUAGAUGAGACAGCUCCAAAAAAGAAAAAGAAAUCAAAGGAAGUGGUGGAAACCAUUGCUCCAGAACCAAUUCCGGAAGUAGAAAAUGAAAUUUCAAAAAAGAAAAAGAAGUCAAAGGAAGGUAAGAAAGUCGUCGAGACUAAGGAAGAUGUAGAACCCGAAGAAGCGCCCGCCGUUCCACAGGAAGCCGAGAAUACCUCACUGUCCAAAAGUAAAAAGAAGAAAAGAUCGAAGGAAACAGUUGAGAGUCUUACUGAACCUGUGGAAACUACUCCUGAAGAUACAAACGAAUCCCUAGAAGAAGCUCCGCUAAAAAAGAAAAAGAAGUCAAAGAAAGUAAAGGAGGUAGAUGAGGAUAUCGAGUUGGAAUCAGAAAUCACUGGAAAAUCAUCCAAGAAAAAGAACAAAUCCAAUCGCGAUGUAACUGAAGAUCCUGCACCAGCAGCUGACACCGGAAGGAAGCACAAGGACGCUGUAAGUGCUGAACUCAACUCAUCCGGCGAUAAAAGCGAUCAAUCAGCCGAUGAAGAUCAGCCUGAGGAGCUCUUAUCUCUGGACGAAAUAAAAGAAAAACUAAAAUUAUUCAAUAUCUGUACCAUCUCUCAAUUUUGCGCAGACAAAUUCCAAAUGUUUGAUAUGAAUGCGUUUCGAGAGUCGACGCUGGCCGAAAUAACAGGCUACGGGAGCAGCGCGAACAUGGAUUUGAGGGUGGAGGAUAUGAAGAACGACGACAAGCGAAUUAUGGACCUUUGGAAGAAUGAAUCGUAUGCCAGCUUUAAGAAAUCGGACAGAUUUAAAAACCUCAAAUACCCGAGGCAGGUGAAGCGCACGACGUUACGGGCAGUGAAGAAAAGAUUCGCAUUUCAGGCCAUUUGAUUAAGGCAAAACGAAAUAUAUGUAAUUCAACGUGAUUCUUAAUACGAUUUGUUUGUACAUAAACAACUUAAUUAAGUAAAUUGUAAGCUUCAUGGUCUACAUUUUAAUGUGUAACGCCGAUAAUUAUAAUUAAACUGAACUAUACCCCGCAAA